AUGGCUCUCGCGUCCACAACGCGAACAGCCUCGGCGUCGACUGCUGGAAAGCUCAAUUUCUACACCCCUGCUUGGGCGGGCUGGGAUGAGCAUGUCGUGCGGUGGUCCAGCUACAAGGCCCCGACCUUCUCUGCCGUGUUCCUACCGGAGACCGAAGAAGAGUUGUCCGAGGGAAUUGCGCAUCUAGCGAAACAUCGGAUCCCUUACCUGGCCACCAAAAUCGCCGGUCAUGGCAACAGCCCGACCCUCGGAACCUAUCAGGACGUCAUCCAGGUUAACUUGAAACAUUUCCGCAAUAUCACAAUUAACCCUGAGAACACGGUGACGGUGGGAGGAGGGGCCAAGUGGGAGGACCUCAUUCCGCGUCUUCGCAGUGCGGGGCGGGAACUGACCGUGGGAUCCUUCCCGUGCGUGGGCGUUCAUGGGGUUAUGCUCGGUGGAGGCAUGGGCCGGCUGAUGGGCACAUACGGGUUGACGAGCGACGGCUUACUCCGCAUGAAGGUGGCCCUGUGGAACGGCACCAUCGUCGAGGCCUCAGACGAGGCACUCUCAGAUCUCUUCUGGGCGAUGCGGGGUGCUGGCCAUAACUUCGGGGUGGCGAUCGAGUCGACUCUGCAGACGUGGCCGGACCAGGGGGGGCUCCACUACAACGCGGAUAUGGUGUUCACGGAUGAAUCACUAGCCGGGGUCCUGACCGUGGCAAACCGUCUCAUUCGCAAGGGCCUGGACCCAGCCGUAGGUCUGGUCAUUGGCUAUUUGUACAAUCUGGAACUGGACAAGCCGGUGCUCAUGGUCAAUAUCGUCUACGCCCACGACGAGGAGGCCGGCCGUAAGUUGGUUGCCCAGUUUUCAAGCACGACCACGGAGACGGAGCGGCCGAUCUCGCGCGUGUUCUUGAACGAGACGGUACUCACGUUCGCGGAGCUGGGGUCCGGGGACGCGCUGCCCAGCGUAUGCCGGACGGACCAGUAUCAAAACCUCUACACUGCCAGCAGUCCUACUACCUUUGACGUCGAUGCGAUGAUCGAAGUAUACGACUCCUACGGCCGGUUUCUGCGCGAGCAUCCGGCCGCCAAUGCCUCCAUCCUCCUCUUCGAAACCACCAGCCGCCACCGCAUCGACGCCUUUCCCGACGACCACACCGCGUACCCGCACCGUGGCCGGCUGGGCACCAACGCCAUCAUCCAGAUGACCUGGAAGAAUGACCGCAUCUCGGCUGCGGUCGACCGCUGGGCUAAGGGGGCCCGUGACAGCCUCGCUGCCCCGGCAGUCUCAGGCGACCAGCGUCCCCACGUCUACAUCAAUUACGCCAAUGCUGACGAGCCGCCAGCCGCGGUGUACAGCUACGACCCUAUCCGGCAGGCCCGGCUAUCAGCCCUCAAGCGAAAGUACGACCCCUACGGCUUCUUCAACGCGUAUCAUCCUAUUCCGCUGCAUCCGGGUCAGUGGAAUUUGCUCCGGGAGGGUGGGUGGUGGUCGAUCCCGCCCUUUCCCAGAGCUUGCCCCGGGCAAUGA